GGUUCAAGUUGAUGAUAUAUUCGGAUCCGGAGCCUUACGAAUUCCUACACAAUAAAUUUUCCGGCCCGAUUCCACCCAAUUCGGGUCAAGAAGAAGCUGAACCAAAAGAUCACGACGACGGUCGACGAUAACCGACACGAGCCCGUUAACCACCACCGGCGACCGGAUUCCGUCACUCUCCGUGGAUCAACUGCUGGUGAAGAAGACAGUUGGUGUUGAUUUGGAGAUGAUCUGCUGAUAUGAGUAGACCAUCGUUCAGACCUAGGCCUCUAGACAUACACAAGAAGCUUCCGAUAUUGAAAUCGAUUAAGGAUUUUGAAGAUGAUGAUACUCCAACCUCCACUAGAACACAUAUGCUCCGGCUCGUUGCCGAACAUGAUAAUGACACACAGGUGCAACAUGUUGGUAGUAAGAAAACAGCUUCUGAAAUACCUACUCCGGAAUAUCUUGUUGUUGAUACUUACGAGAGAGAUUAUUCUCCGACUUUUAAUCAACCGACGUCUUAUUUACGCGCACGAGGAGUGCGUGCGGAGAUCGGGGAGUUUGUUGAGUAUGAUCUUGACAACGAGGAUGAGGAUUGGCUUGACGAGUUUAAUAAGGAAGUGAAGAUUCUUCCGGAUGAAAAGUUCGAGACUAUUAUGUUUAAAUUGGAGGUGUUAGAUCAUAAGGCUAGAGAAAAAGCAGGAGUUAUAACUCCUACGUUUGGAGCACCUAUACCUGUACUUUUGACAUUUGAUGCUGCCGUUGAGGCCCUUCAAUCUCUAUCAAUUAAAUACGGAGUUUUUCAGUCCAUAUACAAUUACUGGAAAGAAAAGCGUGAAAGAUGGCAAAAACCUGUUUUGCGGCGUUUGCAGCCGCCUCCACCAGUUAACGAUACCAACCCAUACAACGUAUUUAGACCAAGGGAAAAAGCUCACAGACUUCACACAAGAAGAAUGCAAAGAAGGGAAAACAACGUGCAAUCAUUUGAAAAGCUUCGUCAAGUUAGACGCAACCUUGAGCAAGCAAAAAGCUUGCUUGAGGCUCUAAUUAAGAGAGAGGAGAAAAAGAGAGAAGUUAUCGACAGUGAAGUCGCACUUCAAAGGAUCCAAUUAAAAUACAAGAAUGAAACCGAGCUUCUAGAAGACAGCUUAGCGCUACCUGGACUGCCGUCUUUUCUGUCCAAGCUGGCUUCCAGCGAGGAUGAAUUUAUCGAACCCGACGAUUUCCAACACAACCGUUCAGCCGCACAAAAUCAUGCUUUGAUGGACCCGAGAGGCGUAAUGAAACGAGAGUUUAGACGUCCACCUGUCCCAUCUAGCUGGCUCCAUAAAUUGGAUCCACAUGAGCCGGUAUUACUUUUCACAAAACCUCUAGAUCCCGCAAAGCUGGCGGCUGCCGGUAUUGUACCGCCACAAGCUAAGCCCGAACAAAAUGGCGCGUCAUCGCGCUCGUUCGGUUCUCGUGGUCGGAUUGGUAGAGGUGGGAGAAUAAUAUUUGACCGGUGGAAUCCAUUUAUGCAUACACCAAUUGAUCCCGGUGAUUCUCUAUAUGUACCUCCUAGACCACAACCACCACUACCGCCACAUAAUCAGUCUCUUAUUCCCACCGCCACACCAUACAACCACCAUCACCACCACUAGCCGGCUUACUAGAUAGCAAUGAGCUUGAUUAUAAAACAAUAUAAAACGCUAACCGCCACCUAAACCACAACCACCGCCACCUAAACCACAACCACCGCCACAUAUUCGGUAUCUUAUCCUUAGCGCUGCACCAUACAACCACCAUCACCGCCACACUUACAAUGGGUUUACAACUCAAUGGGUUUGUGGCGUUCUUAGACGGUUAUAAUGGCGCGUGUAUAUAAAUUUUUUGUUUCUAAUAUUAGGCAAGAUUAUUUAGGACGAAAAGCGAAUCGAUUUUUAGAAUCAUAUUUUUAGUAGUCAUCGGUAUCGAAUUGUUGCCGCAUUUGAUCUUGUUCCAAGAGUCGCUAAAGACUUUGAUGUCUUUUAUUUUGAACGGGUUUGUUCUUAAUUCUUCUGUUAGUUUGUUGGGA